UAUAUUUUUGUAUCCUUAUGUUUUUGUAUUUUGGCAUUCAAAGUGACGAAAUCAAUAUUUGGAGCACCUCAGCAAUAUUCAGGACGCCAGAGCGUCCACCCUUCGGCUUCACCUCAGCGAAACACUUCGGCUGAACCCUGCUGAUUUCAACGUUAGCAUCUUCCCAGUUUUCUGCCUCCGCCACUACUCAUGCGGUCUCAGUUGUUUCAACUUUCCACCUCCUGUGUGCUCGCAAGGUGCUCGUCGUGAAGAGGCGGAGAUGACAUCCCAGAACGUCUUCGCCUCAGUCCUUUUACGCAACUUGGCCCAAGGAUAACCAUCACUCCCCCCCCCCGGCAGCACUCGCGGACCGACGCACUCCCGGAACACAGAGCCCGAGCCCUGGCUUCAGGCAGUAUGGGAGACGGGAGCUGGGUAUGUCUGAGCCCGGCUGAGUUCACCCAGCUGCAACAGUACAGCGAGUACUCCACAAAGAAGCUGAAGGACGUGCUGGAGGAGUUUCACGGAGAAGGAGUCCUUUCCAAGUACAAUCCAGAGCAGCCCAUUGACUAUGAGGGCUUCCAGCUCUUCAUGGCCACUUACCUGGAGAAUGACAUCCCAGAGGAGCUGUGUCAGCACCUCUUCACCUCCUUCAAGAGCAAGACGGGAGGCUGCUCCCCCGAUCAGUCUCAAGCAGGAACGAGCUUACUGGGGAUGAAUGGGAAAAGCAUCCUGUCUGCCAUGGGCCGCCACACACCGGAGCACUCCAGCGUGAUGAGCACAGCGGGCUCCGGAGCCACCACCUCCCCUUGUUCAUCCCGCUCCUCCUCGCAGCAUUCAGGGACUGGGGGCCACACACCUGCGGGGCCCCACCUAUCACCCUGCACCCAGGUCAACACCUCAGAGGGCAGCAGCAGCAAUGCACUGACCCCCAACGCUGGUCCCGCCAGGUCGCCGGUGUCCCCCAAACUUUCGCCAGAGAGGAGCCACUCUGAGAAGCAUUUGUCACUGCGGAGGAGCCCGUCGCCACAGAAAGGCUCCCCCCUGCCGUCGCCCCAGGUGGUCUUUCUCAAGGACAUCGUCUGCUACCUCUCCCUGCUCGAGAGGGGGACGCCGGAGGACAAGCUGGAGUUCAUGUUCCGGCUGUACGACACAGAUGGCAACGGGGUUCUGGACAGCUCGGAGCUGGACCGCAUCAUCAAUCAGAUGGUGCAUGUGGCAGAGUACCUGGAGUGGGAUUCAACAGAACUGCGGCCGAUACUGAAGGAGAUGAUGGAGGAGAUCGACUACAACCGAGAUGGGACAGUCACGCUGGAGGAGUGGAUCAGAGGAGGCCUCACCACCAUCCCUUUACUGGUCCUGCUGGGCAUGGAUACGAAUGUACAGGAAGACGGGCAGCACGUUUGGCGACUGAAGCACUUCAACAAACCAGCCUACUGUAACUACUGCCAUACCAUGCUGCUCGGAGUUCGCAAGCAGGGCCUCUGCUGCUCCUUAUGCAAGUACACAGUGCACGAACGCUGUGUGUCCAAAGACAUCGCUGCCUGCAUCAGCACCUACGCCAAGUCACGUAGACACACCAACGCUAUGCAGCAUGUAUGGAUGGAGGGUAACUCUCCUACCAAGUGCGACCGCUGUCACAGAAGCAUCAAGUGUUACCAGGGCCUGACGGGCCUGCACUGUGUCUGGUGUCAGAUCACUCUCCAUAAUAAGUGUGCAUCCAAUGUGAAGCCAGAGUGUGAUGGAGGAGCCUUGAGGGACCACACUCUCUUGCCCUCGUACAUCUGCCCUGUUGUCUUGGACCGUCAUUCUGUGGUGAAGCGUGGUGAGGGGGAGUCGCCGCCCAGCACCAGCCCUGACGACACCAAUCAGACUUUCAAAUUCUCCCCCGGAGACGGACAAGCACUGCAGAUCACCCCUCUCCCAGGUACUCAUCCGCUCCUGGUCCUGGUCAAUCCUAAGAGUGGAGGGAGGCAAGGGGAGCGGGUACUGAGGAAGUUCAGGUACCUGCUAAACCCCAGGCAGGUGUACAGCUUGGAUCGCGGGGGACCAAUGGUAGGGCUCAACUUUUUCCAUGAUGUCCCUGAUUUCCGGGUGCUUGCUUGUGGAGGGGACGGCACUGUGGGCUGGAUCCUCGACUGCAUAGAUAAAGGCAACUUUGCCAGGCACCCUCCGGUGGCCAUCCUCCCUCUGGGCACAGGGAACGACCUGGCACGCUGCUUACGCUGGGGAGGAGGUUACGAGGGCGGAAGCUUGCUGAAGUUCCUCCGGGACAUCGAGCACAGCACAGAGGUGGUGCUGGACCGCUGGAACAUAGAUAUUGUCCCCGAUGACAAGGAGGAGAAGGGAGACCCUGUCCCCUACAGCAUCGUCAACAACUAUUUCUCUAUUGGAGUGGACGCCUCCAUUGCCCAUCGCUUUCAUCUGAUGCGGGAAAAGCACCCCGAGAAGUUCAACAGCAGAAUGAAGAACAAGCUGUGGUACUUUGAGUUUGGCACCACUGAGACCAUAUCUGCCACCUGCAAGAAACUCAACGAAUGCAUAGAAGUGGAGUGCGACGGGAUCAUCUUGGACCUCAGCAACACCUCCCUGGAGGGCAUCGCCGUGCUCAACAUUCCCAGCAUGCACGGCGGCUCCAACCUGUGGGGCGAGACGAAGAAGAGGAGGAACUACAACCGAAUGAGCAAGAAGGUCCCGGAGAGGAUGCCGGCCAGCACCGUCACAGACGCUAAAGAGCUCAAGUUUUGCAUGCAAGACUUCAGUGACCAGCUGUUGGAGGUGGUUGGCCUGGAAGGGGCGAUAGAGAUGGGACAGAUCUACACUGGACUGAAGAGUGCAGGACGCAGACUGGCUCAGUGUGCCAGCGUCACCAUCAGGACGUCCCGGCGGCUUCCCAUGCAGAUUGACGGCGAGCCCUGGAUGCAGCCCCCCUGCACAGUCAGGAUCACACACAAGAACCAGGUCCCCAUUUUACUGGGCCCGCCUCAGAAGACACCAUUCUUUUUCUUCAAGAAACGCAACCGGAGCCGCGACUAGGACCCAUGCAUGCACACACAAAAAAAAAAACACAGAAACACACACAUAUACAGUACAUAUAUGCACCCAAACAUGCCUCCCACUGUACGGGCAGCUCCAUCAGACGACUGGUACACUGUUCCAAGGUAGAGCUUGAAAGUGGGAAGUUCAUUUACAGGAUCCCAUCCGACAAGUGGAACAUUCCUAAAGUCAGGAUGCCUAAAAGACAGUUCAUCCCCAAAGGAACCUGACUCUCAGCAUACAGCACUGACCUAUUCCUGUGUAACCGUCAUCCUGUAGUCUUGUCUCCAAAUCUCCGGGUCCCAGUCAUGGAUUUAGUCUCAGCCACCUGCAGCAGUCCAGUCUCUCAGUCCAAGCCACCCCUGCCCCAAAAAAUUAGCCAUAUACCAGUACUGCACUGCCUGCUAAACCCAACUUUGGCUGCUGGGAUUCCCUCCCCUCGCGGCCCCUUGAAUGACAUGAGGAAGGCGAUAGUGAGGGGGUGGAGGGUAAAAGAAAGCAGGUUGUGUGAUGAGCCAGUAGAGGAAGAAAGAUCUCCAAACACACUACAAUGGGAAAGAGAAAAGGGUUAAAGGAGAGCGGCAGUAAUGGCAGUAAUCGUGGCUGCUUACAAGGCCGGUGAGUAAAUAGAGUAAGAUCCACCUCCUGGUUAAAACACCUGUAUGAAUAAUGAAACAGCGGCUGCUUGUAAGCGUGCUCGCUCCAGGGCCUUCCCCACAGACUGACAACACGGUGCAGCCGAGGAGAGGAGUGGAAAAGCCUCAUCCAUUAUUGACUUAUUUUGUUUAUGGGUUGACGCCAGUGGGGCUGGCAUUGGCCCGGAAUGGGUGGAAACAUACGGGGAUGAUUUUAGCCCCCUUGGCGUCACUGACCUACAAAUAUUUAAAAAAAAACAACAAUCCUUUAAACCAUAUUUACGGACUCUGUAGAUGAUCUGGCUGUAGACUUCAGGCAGAGGAAGUGCCUGUCCAGUUGUGCACAGUUAUCGCCAUAUAAAUUGACCAGGGUCUAGAUUGAAAGUAGAGAUUGGAGACAUUAGUCGUUCAUCUGCGCUUUCCUAAGAAACUAAUUUGUCCUCUGUGGUGGGUGCACUCAAACACUACCAUCCAGACUGAUUCAACAACAGCUCCUGCACAAUUUACGCCAUAGGACAGUUAUGGUCGGUCAAAGAUUGAAAUAAAUCCCAUCAAGGGUACAAGAGCAGACCCCCGCCCCCCGGGGUUUUUAUUUACCAGAGCAUUGACAGGGGAACUAAAUUUAUCCCUCUAUUUCAGGGAGGGUCUGUCUCUCCCCCAGUGAAACCCUACGCCUAAUUACCGUGUCAAACAUCGACUCACAAUGUCAAGCGUGCUGUCAGAGUGCAAAUCCCGGUAGCGGCGGACCGAAAUGCAUCCAGGAUUUGUUUGACUACCAAAUAAAGAUGAGAUGGUAAUAUAGGAAACAGACAACAUGGGAGGGAUUGUGUUUUCAUCACAGGAGGUGGGAGAUGCUGCAUUCAGAAACCGUUGACCAGGGAGCUUAGCUCAGUGUUUUAUAAAGAAUGUAUCCAUAUUGCUAUCCCCACAAAUAUGGCAAAUUAUAUUAUACAGUAUGUGCAGGCAGAGUAUAUGUAUAUUUCUGGGAAGUAGGUGUAGCUCAAAUAUACUGUACACACAUGUGUUUUUAAUAUGUUAUCGUUGUUAAUGUGGAAACUUUAGCUUAGAGGGGGUUCAGAUCAGUAUUCCUCUCUGUGCAGAGCUGCUGCAGUCGCUCUCUGAAGGCAGUUUUCCACUGUGUCUCAUUCGGAUUAGGUUGGAUCCGGAUUUCGGCGGCCAGACAAAAUAAUCUGAACUCAAGGCCCACUUACGAGCUGUUUUCGAGGCUUUCGACGGCGGCACGCGAUCCUCGUCAGCAGAUGAAGCUGGCGCUCAGGUUUUUUCGGAGGUAGGCGAAUGAAUCGGUCAGCCCAUCGCAGAAAAAUCGGUGUGGGCGAAUGUCGGUCGAUAAGAAGCAAGAAAUCUAAACUAACCAUCUUAGUUUAGAAUUGUUACCAUGCAGAUGUUUGCUAAUUCGCACCAAACACAACGAACAGCUGAGGCUGAUGGGCAACGUCAUUAGUUUCGUAGGUAUUUGUUUGGCGCUGGAUGAAAGGUUAAUAUCACAUAUUUAUGCAAUUGCGAUUCAUCCUGAGAGGAACAUGAAUGUCCGCGCAAAACUUCAUGGCAAUCCAAUCAAUAGCGGCUGAGAUAUUUCACUCAAAAUGGACAAAUCUGAAUGUGAAGGUGGCGCUAGAGGGUAAGUCAGGGGAUCACCAAAUUCAGAAGGAUUUAUCCUCUGGUGACGUGAAUGUCUAUACAACAUCAUGGCGAGGCUUUCAGUAUUUGCUGAGAUAUUUCAGUCUGGACCAAAGUGGUGAAACUGCCGCCCCAGGAGCCAUGCAGGGCUAAAACCACUGUCUCCAUUACAUAGUUAGUCCACUAAAUUUGUUUUUCAACCCUAGCAGGUCUCAUAUCUCGCAUAUCUUGAAAAAACUCAUUUAAGGGAUUCUUAUCAAAAAUGUGUAUUUUAUGUAUAUUCUAAAAAAUAUCACUAUCGGGCAAAGAAAGUUCAGUAUCAGUCGGGCUUUUGCUGCAAGCUCUGAAAAAAGUAGUACAUAAAGUUAGUUCAUAGACCUUGAGUUGACAUUAUUUUGUCAAACACACUGAUCCUGAGGUGAAGGAUGAAAUUUAACACUCAAGAAAAUUAAAGGAAAUCUGAUUAAUGCAGGCUGACGACUGAAAAGAGGCAAAACUUAAAGAGAACGUCAACGUGUUAACGCUGGAAUUCAGAUAAACUGUAUGCAAUGUGAGUUAGACAUUUGUGGAAAACUGUUUUGCACCCUGAUGAAAUAUAUAUGUGUUAAUGGUGCGGGGCAGAGUGAGACUGGUGAGAUGUUCUGAUGGUAUGAACUGAGCUCCACUGCAGGGCCGGGCUUUGACGCCUCUCGCGCCCUGAUUCCCUUUAAAACACACUGAAUCAUUGCUCUCGCACCCAGGCCCCAUGUAAACAGACGGGACGUCCAGUUUGAUUUUGGGUUCCUCCAGACGGCAUGAAAAAUCAGCUGGGAUGGAGUUCAGGUUACCGAAAGUUACAGGUCACUCUCAUUUCGCGCCAGCGCAAUGCCAUUUCACACAGCUGGCACAGACUUAAUACCACAACAACAUUGUGGGAUGUCGGAAGACGAAAAAUACAGCAUAUCAUAAUCCUUUAUUUGUAGCUGUCCCUAAUGGAGCCUGGGCGCCAAGAGAACUCAGUGGUAAAAGAGUGCAUGUUUACAGUAACUUUACAUUUAUUGAAAGAAUGGUUUUAGACAGCUAUAUUACCAAGUGUAUAUAUUUGUUUAUAAUAUUUUAUCUGAAGUUAACAUACAUCACCGCAUGCCUGCUGAAACAAAAGGAGAGUGAACAAAAGAGGAGAGCGUGGAUCAGACUUUUCAAACUUAUUUCUUUGCUUAAAAAU